AUGUUUACUUUGAUUGGUCCCGACGGAGAAAAAAUAUUCGAUUACCAGAAAACACAUCCAGUACCUUUGGCCGAGUCGCGAAUAGUCGAAAGUGGUCCAGGAGGUCAAUUACCUGUUGCGAACAUAACUCUUCCAAAACAAAACAAAAUUAAAGUUUCAUUAGAUGUAUCCGCUGCAAUAUGCCUGGAUAUGGACUUUCCAGAAUUGAUCGCCACUGCUUCGGCGGCAGCCUUAAUGUUACAGCCUUCCCAAACAUGGAGCUCGCAUAUUGGUCUCCAACACUUACGAAUGGCUUCUAUUCGUGCCAUUGAGAAUGGUUUUUGGAUUCUGAGAUGCGAUGGUGGUGGAGCAAGUGGAUUGAUGGAUCCAUUAGGUCUCGUUCGUAAUGUUCAGAUAUCCUCAAAAACCGAUAGAUUACAAUUAUUGGAUUGGGAUUUGCCCUUAUCUGAAGAAAAAAUUCGAACCAUAUACGCCUCGUGGGGUGAAUAUACUGUUUGGGGUAGUUUGAUUGCGCUAAUGGUAUUGAAGUUUCUUUGGGUGGGAAUCUGGAAAGUUGCCCCGACACACAUGGAAGAAAUGUCGAGAAAAGGCACGAACAAGUGGAUUGACGCUAAGAGUUGGGCGAAAAAUAAAUAUAAUGAAACUUUUAAGCACAUAGAAAACGAAGAAUAUUUGAACGCUGGUGAGUAA